CCAAACCACCUCUCUCUCUCUCUCUCUCUCUCCAAAGACAAAAACUUCAUAAAAAUCUUAGUAUAUACGCACGUAAAUUCUCCAUUACAAGGUUGUUUGUGCUUGUAGUAAUACAAAUAUACUCAACUUGAAAAGACCAAACUAGCUAUGGCGCCGAGCAUAAGCAAGAACGCCCUGGACGUAAUGGGGGUGAUGGACGGUGACAAUUUCGCCACGUCAAUAACUCUCCAAGGAACUGAAUUCCUGGCCAAUGGCCACCCCAUCCUCACCCACGUCCCUCCCAACGUCGUCGCCACCCCAUCACCCUUCAUGUCCUCCUCGGCCAACAACGCCAAGCCCAACAACAUGUCCGUGGGCUGCUUCGUGGGUUUCGACGCCGGCUUCCCCAGCAGCCGCCACGUGGCCUCCCUCGGCAAGCUCCGGGGAAUAAGAUUCAUGUCCAUAUUCCGCUUCAAGGUCUGGUGGACCACCCACUGGGUCGGAUCCAACGGCCGAGAUUUGGAGACCGAGACCCAGAUGAUGAUCCUCGACAAAAACGACGACGGAUCGCGCCCUUACGUUCUGAUCCUCCCGACCCUGGAGGGCCCCUUCCGAGCCUCGCUUCAAGCCGGGAGGGACGACCACGUGGACGCCUGCGUCGAGAGCGGCUCGACACGUGUCGCGUCCUCGAGCUUUCGGAGCUGCGUGUACAUGCACGUGGGGUACGACCCGUACGGUCUGGUCAAAGAGGCGAUGAGGGUGGUCAAAGUCCAUUUGGGCACGUUCCGUCUGAUGGAGGAGAAAACCCCGCCGAGAAUCGUGGACAAGUUCGGGUGGUGCACGUGGGACGCGUUCUACCUGAAGGUCCACCCUAAGGGCGUGUGGGAAGGCGUGAGAGCCCUCUCGGAGGGUGGGACCCCUCCCGGGAUGGUCCUGAUCGACGACGGCUGGCAGUCCAUCGCUCAUGAUGAGGAUUCGAUCUCUGAUGAUCAGGAAGGGAUGAAUCGGACGGCUGCGGGGGCGCAGAUGCCGUGCAGGCUGAUAAAAUUUGAGGAGAAUCACAAGUUCCGGGACUAUGUUAGUCCCAAAUGUGGGACCCGCAAGGGAAUGGGUGGGUUUGUGAGGGACUUGAAGGAGGAGUUUGGGACGGUUGAGGAGGUUUAUGUGUGGCACGCGUUGUGUGGGUAUUGGGGCGGGAUUAGGCCCGGUGUGUCUGGGAUGCCGGAGAGUAGGGUGGUGGGGCCCAAGUUGUCGAAGGGAUUGGAGGCCACGAUGGAGGAUCUGGCGGUGGAUAAGAUUGUGAGUAAUGGGGUCGGGUUGGUCCCACCGGAGAUGGCCCACCAAAUGUAUGAGGGGCUCCACUCGCAUCUUGAGUCGGUGGGGAUUGAUGGUGUCAAGGUUGAUGUGAUACAUUUGCUUGAGAUGCUAUCCGAGGACUAUGGUGGCCGAGUUGAGCUAGCGAAAGCUUAUUACAAGGCACUAACCGCUUCUGUGAAGAAACAUUUUAAAGGCAAUGGAGUCAUUGCUAGUAUGGAGCAUUGCAACGAUUUUAUGCUCCUGGGAACAGAGGCCAUAGCUCUUGGACGUGUUGGAGAUGAUUUUUGGUGCGUAGACCCAUCCGGGGAUCCAAACGGUACGUUUUGGCUACAAGGGUGUCACAUGGUGCACUGCGCCUACAAUAGUCUUUGGAUGGGGAAUUUCAUACACCCGGAUUGGGACAUGUUCCAAUCAACUCAUCCUUGUGCUGAAUUCCAUGCCGCUUCAAGGGCUAUCUCUGGAGGGCCAAUUUAUGUGAGUGAUUCCGUGGGAAGCCACAACUUCAAGUUGCUCAAAAGCUUAGCUUUACCAGAUGGGACUAUUCUGAGAUGCCAGUACUAUGCACUUCCGACAAGAGACUGCCUUUUUGAAGACCCUUUACAUGAUGGGAAAACCAUGCUCAAGAUUUGGAACCUCAACAAGUACACAGGAGUUUUGGGACUCUUCAACUGCCAAGGAGGAGGAUGGUGCCCCCAAUCGCGGCGGAACAAGAGCGCUUCGCGGUUUUCACGCUUGGUAACCUGCUCGGCGACCCCUAAGGACGUUGAAUGGAAAGCAGGGGGAAACCCAGUUCCCACUGAAGGAGUAAAUGUGUUUGCAGUUUACAUGUUCCAGGAAAAGAAGCUGAAGCUGCUAAAGCCUACAGAGAGCAUAGAGGUUUCACUUGAGCCUUUCUGUUUUGAGCUCCUCACUAUUUCUCCACUGAUGGUGUUGCCCACAAAACUAGUCCAAUUUGCCGCAAUUGGGUUGGUGAACAUGCAUAACACUGGCGGUGCAAUUCAGUCUAUGGAAGUUGAUGAUGAUGAAAAUAAGGUCAAAAUCGGAGUUAGAGGAUGUGGGGAAAUGAAGUCGUUUGCUUCGGAGAAGCCGGUCGCUUGCAUGGUUGAUGGGGUGAGUGUGAAGUUUGGUUAUGAGGAUAAGAUGGUCAGUGUUCAAGUUCCAUGGCCGAAUUCUUCAAGUGAAUCCAUUGUAGAGUAUUUGUUUUGAAAUGGAAUAUUGCAUUGUUUUGAAUCAAAAUCUGAAAUUAAAAAAAGUGUG